AUGGCUCGGUUCCAUGAAAAGGUUGAGGCUCCAAAGCCGUGCAGCAAAAUCAUAGGAAAACGAAAACCAAUCCUUUUGGCAGAAUCGGGAGAUUGUGGGGUUGAGGCCUCGAUUAGAGUAUCUGGAGCUGAUGAAUCUGCUUCACAUAUCUUGUGGUGUAGGCAAAGUAUGCUAAACUUGCAAACUUCCAAAGACCAAGAGAAUCAAUACAACCACAACAACAACCACAACAACAACAACAACAACAACCCACAAAUUAGCCACCAACUAGAAAAGCUUUUACGAAAUCAAGAGUCCCCCAACAAGAACGGGUAG